UGUGCUUUAUGUGAAAUGCUGAGCAGGUUCCUUGGAGCAGAGCUCCAGGAUGAGGCCGGAUGUGCUGCUGCUGGAUGCUGGCGGCUUGACAGGAGAGAGGAGCGCAGAAGGAAGGGAGGGAGGGAGGCUGGCCGUCCUUCAUACAGCUCCGGUAGAGGAGGAGAGGAGAGGAGAGAACAGAGCAUCCCAGGAAGGAGGAGAAGGAGGGAGGACACACCGAGGCUCCUGGCAGCAUCACCGCCUCCUGCGCUCCGUCCGCGGCUCAGAGAGAAAAGCUUCUUCUCGAGAUACAGUGAACACGUUUCCUUCUGGAUCCAGAUGAUGGAGCUCCUGCUGUGUCUGCUGCUCCUCGGCUCAGUGGUCCUGGAGGAGGCUGUUGGUGGAGAUGUGUGUGUGUCCGGACAUGACAGUGGGCCAGUGUUUGAAGAACAGCCCAGCAGCUUAAUUUAUCCUGAAGGCCUGACGGAAGGAAAGGUGACCCUGAGCUGUCAGGCCAGAGCCAGUCCAGCUGCUUCCUACAGGUGGCUUCUGAAUGGCACUGAAGUCCCUCUGGGUUUGGAUCGAUACACGCUGGUGGCCGGCACCCUGGUGAUCAGCGGCCCUGAGCCUCUCAGAGACACCGGCUCGUACCAGUGUCUGGCCAUCAACCGCUGUGGAACCAUCAUCAGCAGAGCAGCGAACCUCAAGUUUGGUUACCUUCAUGACUUCCCUCCAGACAGCAGGAGUCCUCAGACAGCAUAUGAGGGUGUAGGAACUUUCUUGGCCUGCCAGCCUCCACCACAUUACCCAGCUCUGUCCUACCGCUGGUUAAUCAACGAGUUUCCCAACUUCAUCAGGAAGGACGAUGGGCGCUGGUUUGUAUCACAGGUCACCGGGAACCUGUAUGUGGCCAAAGCAGAGCCCAAUGACACUGGGAACUACUUCUGCUUCACCACCAUCAACAUGGACAUUAGCACCAAGAGCACCUUCAGCAAGGCCAACCAGCUCACUGUACUUCCAGAUGCCAGUCCCAGGAAGUCCACUCCCAGUAUUAAAGUGCGUUUCCCAGCAGAGACCUAUGCCCUGGCUGGACACACUGCCCAGUUAGAGUGCUUUGCUUAUGGAAAUCCAGUCCCAAAGCUUCGAUGGAGGAAAGCUGAUGGUUUGAUGCCAUCAAAGGCAGGCUUCUCUGUUGAGGGUCCCACUCUCACCCUGCCUGACCUCUCCUUCGAUGACGAGGGUAUUUAUGAGUGUGAAGCCUAUAACUCAGAGGGAAGUGACACAUACCAGGGACGCAUCAAUGUGCAAGCUCAGCCAGAAUGGUUGCAGGUGAUGAGUGACUCAGAGGUGGAGAUCAGCUCAGAGCUUCACUGGAGCUGUGUGGCUGCUGGAAAACCACGACCUUCCAUACGCUGGCUACGCAACGGACAGCCAAUCAGCACACAGGACCGGGUGGAGGUGAACGGAGCUCAUCUUAAGAUCAGUAACCUGGCCCUGGAGGAUUCUGGGAUGUACCAGUGUGUGGCUGAAAACAAGCAUGGCACCGUCUACUCCACUGCUGAGCUCAGAGUCCAAGUUCAGGCCCCAGACUUCAGGCUGAACCCAGUCAGGAGGCUGAUCCCGGCUGCUAGAGGGGGGCAGGUGAUGAUUGAGUGUCGUCCUCGAGCCGCCCCAAAGCCCAGCCUGUUCUGGAGUCGGGGGACGGAGCUUCUCACCAACAGCAGCAGAGUGACAGUAACUCCAGACGGCAUCUUGUGGAUCCACAACAUCAGCAGAGCAGAUGAAGGGAAAUACACCUGCUUUGCUGAGAACUACCUGGGAAAAGCCAACAGCACUGGACACCUGUCAGUCAGAGAUGCUACUAAGAUCACGCUGGCACCCUCCAAUGCUGACAUUAAUCAGGGAGAGAACGUGACCCUGCAGUGCCAUGCCUCCCAUGACCCCACCAUGGACCUGACCUUCACUUGGGCCCUCAAUGGAGUCCUGCUGGACUUGGAGAACUCUGCUGGGCCAUACCACCGGGUGGAGGGGAAGGAGAACAUUGGCGACCUGUUAACGGUGAAUGCUCAGCUGAGUCAGGCGGGGAUGUACACCUGUACAGCUCAGACCGUGGUGGACAGCGCCUCUGCUUCAGCUAAGCUAGUGGUUCGAGGCCCCCCAGGACCUCCUGGAGGUCUACUGGUGAAGAACGUCGCUGAGACGUCGGUGGAGCUCCGAUGGAGUCGUGGCUACGAUAACCACAGUCCCAUUGGAAAAUAUAUCAUCAUGGGCAGGUCAAGUCUCUCAUCAGAGUGGAAGAAGAUGAGGACAGAUCCAGUGAACAUUGAAGGGAACGCUGAGUCUUCUCGUGUGAUGGGACUCAUGCCCUGGAUGGAUUAUGAGUUCCAGGUCAUUGCCAGCAACAUCCUGGGCAGCGGAGAGCCCAGCAUGCCAUCCCAUAUCAUCCGCACACAGCAAGCAGCUCCCACGGUGGCCCCCAGUGGACUGGGAGGAGGAGGAGGAGACCACCAUGAGCUCAUCAUGACCUGGACGCCCAUGGCCAGAGAGUACCAGAACGGGGACGGCUUUGGCUACAUCUUGGCAUUCAGGAAGAAAGACACGUCAUGGACAGAGGUGCGAAUUCCCCACGUGGAGUCAUCUCGAUACGUCUACUACAACGAGAGCCUGACGCCAUACAGUCCGUUUGAAGUGAAGAUUAAAGCUUACAACCGCAGAGGAGAAGGUCCAUUCAGUCAGAUAGCUGUGGUCCACUCUGCAGAGGAAGAGCCAACAGUGGGACCUCUAAACAUCAACGCCACAGCGCUGUCCGCCUUUGAGAUCCAGGUUUCAUGGGAACCUGUCCAGCAGCUGAGUGCCAGCGGCAUCCUCCGAGGAUAUGAGAUCCGGUAUUGGAGACAGCAUGAACGGGAAGCAGCAGCGGAUCGAGUGAGGACAGCAGGACUGGAACCAACAGCCAGGGUGUCUGGACUGCGACCCAGUACUCGAUACCAUGUGGCUGUUCUGGCAUACAACAGCGCUGGCACCGGGCCGCCCUCACCACGCACCACCGUCACCACCAGGAAACCCCCUCCAAAUCGUCCUCCUGGCAACGUGUCCUGGAAGGCUCACGGCUCCUGGGUCACGGUGAGGUGGGACCAUGUGACCGCCAUGCACAACGAGUCAGCUGUUCUGGGCUACAAAGUCCUGUACAAACACGAGGACCAGGCAGCUCUGAAGUUUCUGGACAAGGCGAAGUCUUCAGUGACCCUGCCGCUGCCCAAAGACAACGGCUACGUCGUGUUGGAGAUCCGGUCCUGGGGCGAGGGGGGGGACGGGCCAGCUCAUGAGAUUAUCGUGUCCCGAGACUCAGGAACCGGUAUGAUGGUCCAGAAGGAUUCCUCCUCCAUCCCGUCCAGUCAUCCUCUCCUCCUCCUUGCUGGCUGGGCUCUCCUCACCCUCUCAUCGCUGGCAGGCCUGUGAUCGCAGCCGGUCUGUGGACUCUAACGGUGGCUGGAGUUUGAAGCUCUCCUGUGUCUCAGCUGGUGUUGUGGGUCAGGACGGGGUCCGGUGCAGGGGGUGGGGGGGUUGGGAAUGAGUUUCUGUUUUUUUUAUAAUAAGAACAAAGAGGUGUUUUUUUAUAAAUGUCAGAGUGGGUUGAAGGGGAACAGUAUUAGUGUUCCGUUGUCAGUAUAAACCAUGCCUUAUGGGGACCAUCACAUCAUUCCUGUCUUCUCCAAACUGUAGCUGGAGAGACAUGGGCUUCAGGUCUAGAUUACUCAUAGAAUCAGUGGUGUGUAUAGCCUGUACAGAUCCACAUGUGAUGUGUGUGUUCACACUGGGAGCAACCUGAACUCUACUGUCUUGUUAUAAUGAAUGCCAGUUGGUCCAUGUGUCACUUCCUUUGUGGAGGAAUGUCUUUCACAAAAAUGAGUAGAAAGUAGAAUUGUCCACAGCAGAGCUUCAGGAGCCAGAAAUCACCAGCCAGAAACAGACAUUCAUAUUAUUAAGUUUUAAAUGCUUGGUCACACCUCACAGCUGUCCAUGAACACUAGGGAGUAGAAUCACAGCCGAACGCCUCAUUCUAACUAUCUCUGUGUAGAUUUAACUGGGAGUCCAAUCCUUCAUUUGGGAAUUAGUUACAUUUGUCUCAGGUACAUUGAAAGUUUGCAGUGGUUUCUGGACAGACCAGCUGGUGUCUCAGAGGUUGGAAAACUAAUUUAUUAACAGACUCUUCAGCUGCUUGACUGUUGAUGUGCAAACACUGCAGAAGUCUAAUCAACAGGAACUAGUUUAGUCAGUUUGCCACAUGCUAGCUGUGUAACAUACAUCCCAGAAUAUCCCACUAAACCCCUCACUUAUUCCUCAGCAUGUACAGUGCGUGUGUUUGUGUCUCAGUAGUGCCCCAUGUGGAUUUUCCAUAAAACUGGACAGUAAGAACCCACAUAACUACCCUCUCUCCCAUCAUGACUGUUUCUAUCAUUCAGAAAGAAAUUCAUGUCCUUCCUUGAAUAACAGGGAGCAGAGUCAGUAAAUCACACUAAACUAUGGAAAUUAAACCAAACUGUGUAGGCGAAGGAGAACAAGUAGGAAACAAAUUCUGCCACUAUUUUCUUAAACUGUUCAUCUGUGCAACUAGCAGAUAAAUGGGUUGUUUUUAAUGAGGCCCUGUGGUGUGAACUCCCAAAGUGGAAUGCUGCUGUUCCUAAAACCAGAUAAUUAAAGUCAUAGUUGAAGUUUACCACUUAACCAUCAGCAUUUUUACUAAAAGUGUCUGUUCAGUGAAAACAGUCUGCAGAACGCAGUGAUUCUACAAAUAUAUGUCUCGACAGAAAAGGAAAAAAUACCACUUUUAGUAAGGAACUAUUGUUGCUUUAACAUCUUAAAACAGUUUAUCCUGUAUGAGGCUCUGUGCUUCUGUUAAAGGAGGGAGGUUUCAUUUAAGUCCAUUAAUAAAACAACCAUAAAAUGUCAGUGACCUCAGAGAUUUCCUUGAUUGUAUUCACAGACUGCAUCAGGUUGCAUCAGCAGUUUCUUCUACAUGAACCAGUUUGUCACCAGUCAGAUGUGACUGCUGCAGUUCUCCUGUUGGUCUUCUGCCUUACUGGAACAGGUUCUGACUGCUGGUCUUGUUGCUCACAGUUUGAACGCAGAAGAUCACUAAACAUCCGACUUCAGUAAACUUGCAGCUGUAAUUAGAGCAAAUGUCAGAACCGCGUCACUGCUCCCAACGAAUGUGUCCAUUUUUUGUUAGUUUCAUUUUGAGGGAGGUGAAAUUGGAUUGAUAAACUGGAGUUUUACAUGAUUAGUUUACAUUAUUUGUGCCUGUUUCCAUUGAAAGGUUCUGCCAGCGUAUAAAAAAUUCUUGUGUUUAUUGGAUUUUUAUAGCAGCUUUUCUGCUGAUGGGCUGAUAUGAAAAGAAACCUGAUAGACGUGAAAGAGGCAAAGUUCUCAGAGUGCAGUAAACAGAUAUCAGGAUCUGUCAGCUCUUGUGUAACAUCCCCGCUUCACUCCAGUUCCAGGAAGGAUGUCUGUAAUUUCUGUGAUUCAUAAGUACAGACAGUAGACAUCAAGUGCUUACAAAUCAGUGUUACUUUGUGUUGCCUUAUUUAUUGUGUGCUUGUUGUUGAUGAAGCUGGUUUCUGUAACUCACUUACGUUUAAAGUGGAGCUGAUGCUUUGGGUUCAGGUUGGUGUCUUAGAGGCAGGAGCUGUAUUCAGAUUUCUAUAAUUACAAUAAACCCACAAAUUACACCCCCCUGUCUAUUUUCCAUUCAGCUAUUACUGUAUGCUAUUCUAUUCUCAGUUCAUGUUAGUGCUACAGAUCUUUGGCAACGUAGUAAACAUCCAUCCAUCAUCUAUACACCUUAAAACCUUUAUUAGGAGGCUGGAGUCUAUCCCAGCUGACUGAGGGUGAAGACAGAACACACCUGGACAGGUAACAGUCUAUCACAGGGCUACACACACAGACAAACACAUUGUUCUUGUUGGAGGUAAAUAAAUGUUUUUAGUGAGAGUCAUGGUGGUGAUGAUAAAGAUCUUCCUCUCCUGUUCUAAUAGACCAGAUUAUUUUCAGGAUUUCAUCUUUUUCUGACCUGAACCCUCUUGUGCUGUACUUUUAUUGACCUCAGUCUUUGCCAAACCUUCUCAAAGUAAGCAGGAAAUAUGAGUUGUUCAUUUAAUUAGGGACCCUAACUAGCAUUCAGUCACAUGUUUGUCCCUCCAUGACCUGGAUCAGGUACUAAUCACUGCUAGUCUGUCACUAAAGGCCUUCCUAACAUCUUAUUCAGUAGUAGUUCUUUUCCAAACAGUGACUUACUAAGUUUGUCCACUCCAUUCAAACACAGUGAUGGUCUGGCAUGUAGAGCUGUGGUAAUGUUUAAGCCAGCUACUAAUAAUGACUGAGUCCAAUCACACGGCAUUUGAUAGUUUGAACUCUGAGGACAAAAAGAUCUCAUCUAGAGAUCAUUUAUCCGACGCGUUUUCAAGCAUUACUUCCUGAUUAGUAAUCCUGUUCACGAUUGAAUCAAUGAUAAAAGAUCCUGUUGUUGUGUUUAAGGAAUGAUCACAGUGUGGGUUCAUGUCAGCUCUAUAUGAAGGUACAAUAACAGUCAUUAGUAGAGAGAAUAACAGUAAACUCUAUGAAAGUAAGUCCAGUCUAGUCACCGUUCCAUGCAGUGUGCACACUUCUUUCUAAGGAUAUUGUACCUUGAGUUUAGGCUGUCCCAUCCAGUAGCAUGAAAGCUGUCUUUUGUGGUUCCUCCAUGGACAUUUAUUAUCAGAAGAGAAGCCGUGAUGUAUGGAACCAAACCGAGCAGAGGCUGGAGGACCUGAAUGACCAGAAACAACCCCUGGAGGCCACUCAGUGGACCUACGGCUCAUAAUAAGCUGCUGGAGCAAACCAUUCAUGUUUUAUAGAGACCACGUUCAUGUGAGGACAGUCCCACUCUCAGCUUCUUAGACAUUUCCAAACCCAAAGCAUCGCAGGUUAGUGAGCGACAGGAAACUGCAGAAUGAAUCAUUUAUUUAUACAGAUUCACCAUUCUGUUGCCUGGUCAGCAUGGAUGGGUUUUCUACACUCACACAAAUAAAACUACAAAACGAGAAAAAACAGAAGACUAAGUACUAUAGGCGUGUUUAAAAGGGACAGAAUCUGUGUGGGUUUGAGAAAGAGGACUGAAGUUGAAUCUAACUGGUUGGAUCUAAAUGAACGUUUCUUCUUUUACUAAUUGAAUUUUAAAGUUUGCUUUAUUGUAUUGGAAUAUUUGAAUGGUCUGGACAACCAAAACAUUUCUGUGUUAACGUUUUCCUUUGCAGGUGGUUGAAUGAUAGACCACUUGAUUUUACAGGGGUGUGUUUUUUAUUUAUAUGUCGUUCAUAUUUUACACCAAAAUGCUCUUCCUUUAUCAUCAGACUUAAUUUAGUUUGGGUUUGGAGAACCGAGGUUGAAGGUAAACUUCAGUAAGCAGUUAGUCUGGAAAUCACUGAGUCCACACAUGUUGAAUUCACUCUGUAGGCAGAUAGCUGUAGAUAUUAUCUUUGCUGUUCACAUCCUUACAUUCUGGAGGCUCAUCCUGGUUUAAUCCCCCUUUAAAAACACAACUGUCACCGUCUUUCACUAACAUGUUAAACAUCACAGCGCUGUUUAUUUCUGGACAUGCUUUCAGAACCACUGAAUGACGUCCUGGUUUGUGUUCUUGUGCUUUAUUCUGUACAAAGUGUUCUCUCGACGCCUUCAGUGUUCCCUGCAGAGUGUCUGUUCCCCAUCACUCAGUGUUCUGUCAGAUUCACAUCUACUGCUGGACUCUCAGAUUCAUCCCUCCAUCAGGUGGAGCCAGCGAGUCCGUGGUUCAUGUGGACUGAAAUGUGACAGAUCAUGUUGCAGACGUGAUUAAAUGGAAACGGAGGGACGCUGAUUGUAAAUAUGAUUUCAAAUAAACACCUUUUGAUUGUA